AACAACACCGUAACAACACACCCGAUUAUCAUCAUCAUCAUCACCAUGAGCUUCGCUUUGCUGUCUGUCUGCUUCCAUUACCGGCUUAAAUGACAUUUCUGAUCAAGUGUUUUAAAAGCUGACAAGAUAUAUUUCGCCAAGUUUCACUCGCUUCUGCCAACCUUCUGACAUAUUGAGGACAAUCAUCCGCAGUGACAAACACAACAGCUGUGACAUGGGGAACCUUUAGAGAUGGAGAAACUGAUUAGGUCUGGUGAGGAGGACGGUUCUGGGGAGAGAGGUCUUCUGCACACGUGGAAGGGAUAUUCAUACAGCACUGCACCAGAGAGGGUGCUGCUCUCCCGGCCGGUGCUCCAGGCUGCCCUGGGAGCAAGACAUGGUGUUCUGCUAGUAGAGGGUGGACAAGUCUACAGUUUCGGUGAGUUGCCAUGGAAACAGAACCAAACAUCAUCAGCAGAGCCCAUUUUGGAGGCAGUGCUGAGUGAACAGCGUGUUGUUUUUGUGGCUGCUGGCUCCGCCCACAGCGGAGUCGUGACGGAGGAUGGAGGAGUGCACAUGUGGGGAGAAAAUGCUCACGGCCAGUGUGGCUUGUCGGGACUGUCUGUUAUCCCUAACCCCACCCCUGUGGGCGUGCUUGACUCUGAGGCCACGCCUCCUCAGACGGUUAAGAUCCUGGAGGUGGCGUGUGGUGACCAGCACACUCUGGCUCUUUCAGCCAAGCAUGAAGUCUGGGCUUGGGGCAGCGGCUGCCAGCUGGGCUUAAACACUUCAACUUUUCCUGUCUGGAAGCCCCAAAAAGUGGAGCAUCUAUCUGGGAGGCAUGUAUUACAGGUGGCGUGUGGAUCCGCUCACAGCGUGGCUCUCGUACGCUGUCUUCCCCCUCCACAGGAGCCCCGAAAACCCCCUCAAGACAAGUGCGGUCAGUGCCAUCAGCUGCUCUACACUAUGACAGAUAAAGAAGACCAUGUCAUUAUCUCUGACGGCCAUCAUUGUCCACUAGGUGUUGAGAUGGACAGCGCUGAGAUCAAGUCAGCAGUGGAGGGCAGUCCAGAUCAGGGUAAACCAGGGAAAAGCUCUCCUACUGAACCUGUUCCUUGUAUGUCCACCCAGAUCGCAAAAUCACCCACUUCCAAUAACAUCCCAGAAUCUAGUCGUCCUCCAGAAAGCACACUUCCAUUUGAACGUCAAAAUCAGGUUCCUGCAUAUUGCCAAGAAUCUAUUGAAGCAGCUGUUGAAGACUCGGCUGAUCAUGAAGCUCCAGCAGCAGGUGGAGAGGUUUGUGUGGAAGCGUCCGAGAACAGCAUCCCUGAGCCUGAUAGCUGCAGAUCCUCAGGGAAGUCAUCUCCAUAUCCUGAUGAGCAGGCGGUGAAGGCGUAUCUGAAGAGACUUUCUGAUCAUGCUUUAGCAGAGCACACCGUCAAGACCUCCAGCACAAUUCAUUCAGCUCAGCUCUCCGGUGACCCUGCUAAUCUGUUCGCUUCUGAGCCCUUGAUCCCGGUGGCCCAGUCUGUGACUCCUAUGGGCUCCGCGUUGAACAACUUGGUGGUGUCGUGUGCCUCUGCAGUGGGGGAACGUGUAGUGUCCACCUAUGAAGCGCUCUCUCUGAGAAAAGUCAUUGGUUACUGGGUUCCAGGAGAGGGUCGCGAGCGAGUGGAGGAGAGACUUCGUCUGGAAGAGUCCAUGCAGGGGAAGAAGAGCUCCAGCCUGGGGGACAUCCGAGAGGAGGAGGCAGAGCUCAGCCGUCGCCUGUCCCUGCCCGGCCUGCUCUCUCAGGGUACACAUGCUCUCCUUCUCUUACACCCAGUGUCCCGUUUCCUAUCUCCUCGCCUCUUGCGGAGAACAAGUCGCCCCCGGAUGCGGGCUGUCCCGCUCGCUUCGGGAGGUGUACCUGAGACCGAUUCCCACCUGCCUUCCUUACAGACGGAGGUGUGGAGCUGGGGACAAGGCCAGGAUGGACAACUUGGGCAUGGAGACCUCCUUCCCAGACUGCAGCCUGAUUGUGUGAAGAGUCUGAAUGGUAAGGAGGUGCUAAAAGUGGCUGCAGGGGCUCAUCACUCUCUCGCUCUGACCGCACAGUCACAGGUUUUUUCCUGGGGUUGUAACACUUCUGGACAGCUGGGACACAUGGAAUCACCCACCACCUUUCCUAACUUGACCAAGCUGUCAGAUGGGAUUCGUGUGUGGGAUAUUGGGGCGGGUCAACAGCACACUCUCUUAUUGGCUGACGGAGACUGUAUUCAGCCAAUCCUGUACUACAGCGGACAGCAGGUGAAGGAGGUGCCGGAACCAACGGAGGAUGAGGAAAAGACUGCAGAAUACACUCAACAACCUGUGCUGCUGCCCUUCUGUAUGAAUUUGGGCUAUGUACGCAGUGUGUGCGCAGGUGGACGGACGUGUGCGGCGCUGACGGAUUGUAAUGUCAUGGGUUUUAUUGCUAGUCUGCAUGAGCUGGCGGCUGCAGAGAGGAAAUAUUACUGCAAACUCGGCAACAUCAAGAGUCUUCUGCUCCAGCCGUUGCUCAAGCUGGAUUCUCUAAGUUCUGCCCUGGGUCAGUCAUCUGCAGGGCUGCUGCAGAAUCUGAUCAGUCGUUUGAGUCGACUGUCUCAGCUCACGGGUCAAAACUCAGCCUCUCUGACCUCGUUCCUGCAGCGUUCACGUGACAUCCGAGGUCUUGUUAUUCUUGAAGAUGCACAUCUGUUCCUGGACACAUAUUCAGAGUACUCUUCUGCAGUUGGUGAUCUCUUGGUCAUGGGAGGAUUCCAAGCCCUUGUCAAGCCUUGCCAUGAUGUGUUUGGGAAAGGAGCAGAGGUUGUUCAGAGGUUGUCUGAAUGUUCUGAAGAGGGUCUGACUUUGGCGGAUGUUCUGGCGCAUCUCUUUUACCUGCCCAUAAAACACCUGCAUGAAUAUGGACGGCUGCUGCUCAAACUGGCAACCUGCUAUGAGGUGAGUUCUGUGGACUAUCAGAAGCUGCAGGAUGCCUGCUCAAAGUUCGAAUCCAUGGUUCUUCAUCUAAAGAGGAGGAGGAAGGAAGCUGAAUACACGCUCCACUUCUGGAAGAGUUUUCCUGGAAAGAUGACCGACUCUCUGCGUAAACCAUCUCGUCGGCUGAUCUGUGAAAGCAGUAAUAAGGCUUUGACUCUUCAAAACGCAGGACGUUUUUCCGUCAACUGGUUCAUCCUGUUCAACGACGCACUCGUUCACGCACAGUUUUCCACCCAUCACGUUUUUCCAUUGGCUACACUGUGGGUGGAGCCCAUUUCUGAGGAGAACACAGGCCUGUAUGGCUUAAAAGUGACUUCGCCUGAGGAAAGCUUCGCUCUGCUGGCUUCAUCACCUGCUGAAAAAGCAAAGUGGCUCCGUUCUAUAAACCAAGCAGUAGAGCAGGCACUCAGUGGAUUGGGGCAUGAUGGGAUACCUCCUUCUACAGGGGUAACGCAGAGAGCAGAUCCACCCAUCUCGCGGACAGCAUCGUACACCUUUUACAAAGACAGUAGGCUAAAGGAAGCCAAAUAUGAUGGCCGAUGGGUCUCAGGGAAACCCCAUGGGCGGGGCGUGGUCAAAUGGCCAGAUGGACGAAUGUACACGGGGACAUUCAAAAACGGCUUUGAAGAUGGUUUUGGAGAUUACGUUGUGUCGAACAAAACCCUGAACAGCUGUGAUCAUUAUCAAGGCCAAUGGAAAGAUGGCAAAAUGCACGGUUUUGGAACAUUCAGAUAUGCCUCUGGGGAAGUGUAUGAGGGCUCAUUUCAAGACAACAUGCGUCAUGGUCAUGGGAUGCUGCGUAGUGGGAAGCUGAAUUCCACCUCUCCGAGUGUUUUCAUUGGCCAGUGGCAGUACGACAAAAAAUCUGGCUAUGGAGUUUUUGACGACAUCACCCGAGGAGAGAAGUAUAUGGGUAUGUGGCUGGAUGAUCAACGGCAGGGCAACGGAGUUGUUGUUACCCAAUUCGGCCUGUACUAUGAAGGUGCUUUCAACAACAACAAAAUGAUGGGCAAUGGGGUGUUACUCUCUGAAGACGACACCACAUUUGAGGGAGAGUUUUUAGAAGACUGGACUCUUAAUGGAAAGGGUGUGUUGACCAUGCCGAAUGGAGACUAUAUUGAAGGCUCUUUUAGUGGAGUUUGGGGAACCGGACUGAAGAUGUCAGGUUCCUACUACAAACCCAGCCUGUACGACUCAGACAAGGAGAAGGGUCAUGCACUUAAACUGGGCCGGUUAGCAGUUCACUCUGAAGAGAAGUGGAAGGCUGUGUUUUUGGAGUGCUGGAACAGGCUCGGUUGUGAUUCUCCCGUACAGGGGCAAACUACGACAGCGUGGGACAACAUUGCCAUAGCACUCACUGCCAACCUGAGACAGCAGAGAGACAGCCCAGAGUUGCUGAGCCGCUCGCAUCACAAAACACUAGAGAGUCUUGAGUGCAUCCCUCAACACAUGGGUCCUGUAACAUUAGAGGUGUACCACACAAUCCGUCGGUACCUGGUGAAGGCAUGUGAUACUCCUCUGCAUCCUCUGGGUCGGCUGGUGGAGACGCUGGUUUCGGUGUACCGCAUGACUUAUGUUGGUGUUGGAGCAAACCGCAGGUUAUUACCGCAGGCAGUCAAUGAAAUCAAGUCCUAUCUCAGCCGUAUCUUCCAGCUCGUCAGAUUUCUCUUUCCCAACCUGCCAGAAGAAGGAGGUUCACUGGCCGACCCUCCAAAAGAGAAGGUCGGCACAGAUGCUGAUGGAAAGCUGCUGGAGUCUCCUAAACCUGGGUGUGUGGUCAGCAGCUCUGCUCUCCUCCUGCCGGUGCUGUUGCCGCGUCUCUAUCCUCCUCUCUUCACACUCUACGCUCUAGAGAAAGAGAAAGAGGACGAUGUGUACUGGGAGUGUGUGCUGCGACUCAACAAACAGCCAGAUCUGGCACUGCUGGCUUUCCUCGGGGUCCAACAGAAAUUCUGGCCUGUAACUGUUUCAAUACAUGGAGAAAAACAACAGGUUCUCUCAAGCACUAAGGACGCCUGUUUCGCCUCAGCGGUUGAGACUUUGCAGCAAAUAAGCACAACUUUCACACCCUCAGACAAGCUUCAGGUUAUCCAGCUAACCUUCGAGGAAAUAACCCAAGAAGUGCUUGCACUCCUGAAACAGGAUUUCUUGUGGUCUAUGGAUGACCUGUUUCCUGUCUUCCUCUUUGUCGUUCUGCGUGCACGGAUAAGGAAUCUGGGAUCAGAGGUCAGUCUCAUUGAGGACCUAAUGGAUCCAUGCGUACAACAUGGAGAGCAUGGCAUCAUGUUCACCACACUCAAGGCAUGCUACUAUCAAAUCCAGCAUGAGAAGGUCACGUAAUCGACGCAUCGCUCCAAAACCCAAUCGGUAAUGACCGACAAACAGAGCAGCCAAUCAAUGGUGGUGCUUGCAAUGACUCGCUGUGCGAUGAGCCAAUCGUGUUCAACACUGGGAUCACAUGACUGGGGUAAUCAACGACUCUCAAGCAAGUCUCAUGUGCAAGUCAGGUUUAACUGUGGUUUAACAUUCACUCUUUACAUCGUGUCUUCCUCAAUCGUAAAGCUGGGGGGUUUUAACUGCUGCCAUUCCAUCACGUUAAAGAUAAUACUUAUGUGCUCCAACUCAGUGUUUUUUUUAUUGUUAUUAAUAUUAAUAAGCCAAUGCGAUAUUGGCCCAAAAUGACUGACGUUAUCAGUAUAUCGCACACAUCUCUUUCUCCAAGCACACAACGGUUGAUCCAGUGUCAACUGAUGAUGUAGAUAAUUAGUGUACUGUAUGCCGUCCCAAAUAAUGGUUCCAUCUACCUCUGUCUUUAAAGUAAAAUACUACAUCGCGCUUAAAUUUUCCUGAUCGUGUUGCAUUAUUCAGUCCAAACAGCACACCGCCUUGGACAAAACAACCACCUAAAAGAAAACAAGGAUAAUUCCAAUUCAUUUGAAGGUUUUUUUUUUAAUCAACGGCACAGUGACCUGCUUUAUUAUGUACAAAUUCUCAUUUACAAGCUACUUAGUUCAACCCAAUUGAAACUUUUGACAUUUAAAGGGAUAGUUCACUCAAAAAUGAACAUUUACUCAUUAUUUACUCCUGGUUCCAAACUUUAAUGGGUUUCUUUCUUCUGUUGAACACAAAAGAAGAUGUUUUGAAGAUGUGUACCCAUUGACUUUCAUAGUAGAAUAAACAAAUGCUAUGGUUACAGGUUGCCAGCAUUUUUCUAAAUAUCUUCUUUGUGUUCAACAGAAGAAAGAAGCUCAUUUGACAGUAAAUGAUGACAGAUUUUUCAUUUUUUGGGUGAACUAUCUCUUUAAGCUAAAAGUGUUUGUGUCAAUUGAUUUAGCUUUUGAUGCACUAUUCGUUCUGUGUAUUUUUGUAACGGAUUCAGCCUUCUCUGUGUCUUUAACAGUAAGUAGCCAAACCGUUGGCAGUGUUUGAGUUUUGGCACACUCGAAAAAAGCAAAACACAAUGCUAAACUAAUUUGGUCAUUAUCUUUCUGUGUUUUAAAUGAAGCAGCUAUUGCCGAACCUCCAUAUACGCAUCGCAGUGUAUCAUUCGCACUGUUUUCUCAUUCCUGUGAAGUCUUAAAAGUGCCUCUGACAGUGUUAUGAAUGUGUGUUCGUUACAUCUCUGUACCCAGCAAUAGUUUUUCGAGUCGAGUCUCACGUUUUAAAGCUCAGCGGCCUAAUGCGUUCUUUUCUUUUAUUGACAUUGUUUUAUUUAUUUGAUGGACAGAUCUGGCCGCAGCCCAGAUAAUCUGAGUGAUGUAGAUAAUCUGCAGGGUAUUUCACGUACAGAACACCAGAAGGACGGUGAGUUGGUCAGGAAAAAAAACACAACAACCAAUUUGCAAGGAUCAGAGAUCAGGAGUUUGAGUGAUUGUGUGUUGCAAAAUGUAAUCGUGCAAACUGUUACGGCGAAGGACUGUUGAUGUUUACAACCAUUGACACUUGAGAUGUUGCAUGAAUAUCAUGAUGUACUUUGAGUACAGUAAGUUACCGUACUGUACUUUCGCAUCAGUUUUUCUAUGCUGAGCCAAGGUGUGCAUAUAAACUUUUGGUCGAAUGUGUGUGUAAGUAUGUAUGGAGUUUGUGUCAUUUUUGAAGAUUAUCAUAUGUUCAGAUUGUAUAUUGACUCAUAAAUCAAAUGGAUGGCAAUAAAUCUGUGAU